AUGAUGAUUUCCACGGAAAAUGCUCAACUCGAUGAUGUCAUUCAUCUCAUUAAUAUUACGAACGGAUCAUUUGCUGAACACACUAUCGACAGUGGUGAUACAAUUGAAUUUGACAAUCACUCUCCGAAUCCUUAUGAUAUAGUUCAAGUUUAUCAAGAUGGGGAUGAAUAUUGUCAAGUAAAAAACGGAAUUGAAUUGUUUAAUAUCGAUAACCAAACACCAAAGGAUAGACGACGUGUUGUUCUUUCAAUUAAUUUUCAUUGUUCAGCAAUGAAGUUCUUUUUUUGUGUCAUUUCAUCUUCACAACGAGUGAGUUUUUUCAAGUCUCGUCAAUAUCCGCGAGAGUUCUGUGAAAAAAACUGUGUAAUCCUUCGGAAAACACCAAUGAAAUUCGUUUUCGACGAUCAAAAGCAAAGUCAAAAGGUGAUUAUACGUCGAGGUGAUACAAUUGAAUUCGAAUGGCAUUCAAAACAAGCGAAUAAUUAUCGAAUUGAAGAAAAUCAGUAUUGUCCAAUAUCUGGCGGUCUCUACAAAUCCAACCCGACUGUUUUCCGUCCGGUAUCGGACGGAACUUUCCGAAAGACGUUUCACGAAUACGGAACAACGUUUUUCUUUCGAUUGACUGAGACAAAUCAAAUUCACGAUAUAAUCACGUGUAUUAUUAAAGACAAAUAUCAAAUGCAACAUGUUGAAAUAACUGAAAAUCAAAUUCAACCGGAGAAAAUCUUUAUCGAACAAGACGAUUCGAUUCUGUUCGAAUGGAAUACAAAAGAAAAACAAACAUUUGUACAAAUUCAUCCAAAUUUAGUUGAUCACGAUAAUCAAUCGAUCGAAUGGAAAACAGACGGCGAACAUUUCUUUUGGCCAUAUGAACCAAGUUGUCAUGGUUGUAUGGUCCAUAGAUUUACUCAAACUGGAGUCUUUUGCUUUAAAACAUCGACAAAUCGAAUUGGAAUGGUUGUUGUUGAACCGAAGAAAAUUAUCCAUUCAUUUCCAGUCUUUGAUGAUCAGUUGAUUUUAAAAAUGAAUACAAACGAUUUAGUUGAAUUUCAAUGGAAAACCAAUGAUUCUCAAGAAGAACCUAUUUUGAUUACUGUCGAUGCCAAUUCAUCUGUUGUACCAGAUACUGCCGGUGGUUUGGUUGGAAUAUUCGACUGCUCUAUGCACAAAUGCGUGAAAGUUGAACCAUUCUUCCGUUAUUAUUUUCAUACAUGUGAAGCGUUUCUUCUUCAAAUUCCGCAACAUGGAUUAUACAGCUUUGCUUACAAUGACAAUCGUCACGAUGUGCUCUUGAAUGUCAUCGUUGAACGGACUAUCCAUAAUCAUCAUGUUUCUCUUAAUGAAGAAAACACUUUCGAACCAAACACGUUGAUUAUUCAUCAAUAUGAUCAAGUUUGGUUCGAUUCAAUUUCAUCAUCCAUCCAUCAAACAGAUGAAUACGGAAGUUCUUAUCAACCGGUAUUUCAGGUACAAUUAAAUAGCGUCAAUCAUUUCAUGCAACAAUUUCGUCGGACAGGAAUUUAUUACUAUUCAAUCAACAUAGAUCGAAAGAAAUGCUCACCGUUGGCGAUCGUUGUUCUACCAGAGAUCCGUUUCCAUUAUGUAUACAUUCAUUUACGUGAUUUUGACUCUGCAGCGAUUCUAACGAAUGUCAAUGAUUUCGUUAUUUGGCAAUUCGAACAAAUUAUUCGUUUUAGUUUGGUACAAUUACGUUCGAAUGAAACGGUAGAAGAUUUAGCUUCGUGUCAUGAUCGAGCAAUUCCGGGACGAAACCGGCAGUGUCUAGGAGUUGAAUGUAUUAUGCCCGGUGUGUUCUAUUUUGCCAAUCCGGAGUUUGAACGAGUUACCGGUUCGCAAGAAGAUCGUUUGAUAUCAACGAUUGUUAUUGAUCCACCGUUUAGUAUAAAUUCCUUUCUUGUCACUCAUCGACAAUUCGUUCCGAGUGUUUUGUGCAUCGCUCAAAAUGAAACAGUUUCGUGGGUACUAUUGGAUCAAAAUGAAUAUCAUCGAAUUCAAGUUGAAUCGACGGAGAAUACGAAAUCCGACUUGAAUGAAAAGGACUGUAUCGAUCGAUUUAUUGAACAAUAUGCCCCUGAUGUUCAUUAUUUGCAUACAUUUCAUCAUUGCGGACAAUUUAAAAUUCGAUCAGAUCGUUUCAACAAUACAGCAACAGUGAUUGUCUAUCCGGAGAAUCUUAUUCGAAGCGAAAAAAAACGUACAGAAACGCCGGAGAUCAUCGAAGAAAUUGAUACGUUGACUCAAUAUCGAGCACAAGUGCAUUUGAAGUGUCGAAAUUCAGAUGCAAAGAUACUUUAUACACUCGAUGGAACACUCCCAACUCGCCACUACGACACUGUUCAUAUUUACAAUCCUGACGAAGGGAUUUAUUUCCUCGAAUCCGGUUUUCAGAUUCUGCGUGCUUAUGCGAUCGAAAACGAAAAAGUCUCCAGUUCGAUUAUAACGUCCAGUCCAACAUUCGUCAUGGAAAACGAUGAUUUAGAAUCCAUAAGUAAACUUUUGUCUGCAUGGACAAAGACGAAGAUCAAUCUGUCAGCUUCGAUACAACAUCCGAAUAAGUUAUUUGGAAAAAUUGAUGUUGAACCGUCCAGUUCAACCGAUCUGAUUGAUCAUUUUGAAUUCUAUGUUGAUGAUGUUGCACAAAGUGUUCGUUUAUCGCCAAAAGACACUCGAUUUUCUGCGGAAGGGUUUGCUGGUGGCGAACAGUAUGAAAUUCAUAUUCUCGCCUAUCCAAAAUCACAUCUUACCGAUGCGCUGCCAAAGUUGUCCAAUAAACGCGCGUUCGAAAUCAAACGUGAUAUUCACGGUGCACCAUUGAUUAGUUUAGCUGUGUCAAAUGAGCAUAGCACAAUCUUUCUCAUGUGGGCACAUAUUGGUGAUCAUGUUAGUGAAUAUAUUGUUUAUGUCGAUGGAAUUGAAAGAACCACAAUUUUUGAAAACAAUUUUAAUGAGUUUUUUGGAAUUCAGUUCCAUGGCGCACAACAACGUCGACGGUAUUUGUUACAUGUUGAAGCCAAAAUCAAAGACACAAAUGAAAUUCGAAAGUCAAAUAUUAUUUCGGUUAAUCCACCACUAGAAAUGCCAUUGAAAGAACAAUUAGUUGAUCGAUAUUUUGCGUACAUUACGGUCAAUUCUGAAACUCCACCACCGGAUAUCCAUCUUGAGAUUAUUCAUCUCGAUCAAUUUGCACAUCGUCGUCCGGAACCUCAACGUAAAUUCGAGAGUCUUUCUAUUACCAAUGAUAUUCAAAGUGUCAUACCGAAUAUAUUCAUUCAACAAAAUGCCAAUGAAAUUACAUUGUCUUGGAAUCGAACAACGCAUAAAAUCUCAGAUGUCAUAGACAGUUACCGAGUCAUCGUUGACGGUGAACAAUACGGUGAACCAAUCUCACCUAGUGAUGAGCCAAACUUUCGAUUGAAAUUACCAACAGGUCACCAUGAAUGUUAUUUAGCUAUUGUACCCAAAGAUCCCAAUGAAGAGGUUUAUAAGUCAAAUGUUCUGAAAUUCGAUGUUCCAUUUACUGGGAAAACAACAGGAGAUUUGUCCAGUGACAGUGACAAUGAAUCGGUGUCCGAUGAAAAGGGUGGAUCGUCUAUCGUUUCGAUGUUUGAUGUUACACGAAUCGGAUCACAAAUGGUUAUUUUAUCGUGGAAAAUUGCCGAUUCAGUGGAUCAUUCGUUGAUUAAGGGUUAUGAACUAGUUAUGAAUAAAAAGAUAAUUCAGACAUUUACUUCUAAUCAGUAUGAAUAUGAAAUACGAAAUUUUCAACCAGGCACAACAAACAAUCUACGAUUAGCAGUUUUAUAUCGAGCGAGUUCUAUGAAGAAAAAGAUGUCAAAGUCCAUAAGCAUUGUUUGUCCAGAACGACCAAAAGCAUUGGUCAUUGAACCAUGGGAAACGACUACAUCAUUGUCUAUCGGAAUUCAGUGGAAAAUACCCAAAACCAAUAAUGAUGAAAUCGAUUUGUUUAAAAUUUAUCUCAAUGGAAAACUUUAUGGUCAAAUCGAUGAUGAUGGUCGUCAAGCAUUUCAAUACGAAUGUAUGAAAUUACAUCAUAAUCAAGUUUACUCUGUGUAUGUAAAAGCAUGCAUUGGACAAAAGAUCCUUGGUGAUUCGAUUUAUCAAUGUGAAAUCGAAUCAGAUCCAUCGAAUGCAUUGGAAUUGAAAUGUACGAAAGGUUCGCCAGUUCGAAUCGAACGUAUGCAUUCGAAUGGUAUUGAUAUUGUAUGGGAUACAUUGAAUGAAAAUGAGAACGAUAAAAUAAUCGGGUAUCAGAUAUUGAGAAAUGGUCGACCAAUUGGUCAGCCAAUACCAAUAAAUAAUCGACGUGCAUCGAUUCAUGAUUUGCAAGUGGGCAAUCGAUAUACUUUACAAGUUGUGCCGAUCAUGGCUGGAUCGCAUGGAUGGGAUCAUCAAGAUUCAAAUGAUUGUUUAUCAGGAGCAAAAUUAGAUGUGGAAUUCACUGAUCUGCUUCAAAUUCCAGAGAAACUUUGGGUGGAAAAUGUCGCGGGUCAUUCAGCAUUGGCUUGCUGGUCAACAGUUGACGAUGCAUCUGGUGAAAAAACACUACCGGAUAGUUAUAGAUUGCAUGUCUGGAAGCCCAAAGAACAAACGCGAGAUGAAGCACGUGUGAUAUCCAUAUCAAAUGAAGAAACCAGUUUUAAAUUAACAGAUCUUCGAUCUGCAACAAUUUAUGAAAUCCAAUUGGAAGGAAUCAAAGAGCGACAACAUCAGACAACCAAUGAAACUUUUAUUGUCUCGAGUGUCACCGAUAGUUUAACGUUUACAACAGGUGCUCCACCUAAAGCACCUUCAAAAUUCGGCAUUACUUCGUGUACUAAUACGGCUGUUCGAUUAGGAUUCGAUCCAUUUAUCGAACAGAGCGCAGAAAUCAUUGCACUUCGUGUUCACUGCCAACCUGUUUCUACAGGAAAACAUUUGAAAGAUAUGGUUUUCGACAUCACACCCGAUAGUACUGAUUUUCUCUUAGCAAAUCUUGACGAACGUACCGAAUAUCAAGUAACAAUUUAUGCAAUAACUGAGGAGUAUUUAAACGAAAUGAAUUGCUCGGAUAUUUCCCAGUUACCAUCACAAUUACAACCAUCGCAGUGGUUAACAUACCAAACAUUGACAUUUACAACUAGUGGAUGUGAACCCGCUAGUCAGUUACGAAUUCGUAACGCUACAAUUGAGUCUAUCGAACUUGAAUGGGUGUUACCGAAAGCGUACGGAUCUACAGAAUAUAUCGGUCAAAUACUUCGAUGGAAAGUAGAAGAUAGUAGUCGUGAACAUAGUUUAGAACUGGAUUGUCAUACUACGAAUGCAGUGAUUCCAGGCAUAUUACAAAUCGGCUUAUAUCGAAUUUCACUGGAUUCGAUAUUUCAUAGUAGAACGAAUGUUGACGAUGCAUCCAGUCAAAAGGAAAUUCGUUUGACAAUUAGCGAAACUACUUGUGUACGUUACCAAAUUCCAGGUCUGAGUGAACGGCCAGAAGUUUGUUUGACGGGUUAUACAACAACAACGAUUGACUUAACAUGGAAUAAACCAAAUAUGUUCAAUCAGAUGAAUCAUCCGGAAAGAUUGGAUGAGAAAGUUUCCAUGCACAGGAAAUUACUUGGAUAUCGAGUAGAAAUCAAUGGACAGAAAUACAAUACAUUAGAUGAAGAUCAAUAUCAAUGUACGUUGACUGAAUGUCGACCAGGUGAAGAUUACACGGUACGAUUAGUGGCACGAACGAGUAUUCAGAAUGAAUAUUUAGAUGAAUCAUUUGUCAGCGGUAAUGAAGUAGAUGAAACACCUUCAAAAAAAGUACGUGUUCAUAUGUUAACAGAUGGCGAUUUACUUCGUUCUUUCCAAGCGAAUUUCGAAUUUUAUCAUUUUCUUGCUAAAGAGAACAUCAUCGAACAAACAAAUGAAGUGAAAUCAUUGGGUAAAAUCAACGUCAAUUGGACUGUAUGCAAGACAAAAGCCAUUUCACAUUAUAUUCUUCAAUGGCAAUCAUCGAAAGACCAACGUGUUCAGAAAAAGACUUUGAAACCUACGGAAACAUCAUUUACGAUAGAUGUUUGCGAUGAAAAAGAAUUUUACGUAAUUGAAAUAAUUCUUGUGAAAAUCGAUGGUACGAAAUAUUUUUACGAACAAUUGAAAAUGCCGAUACCGGGUGAGCCAGACGCACCGAAAUUAUGGCUUGUUAAAACAUCCGAUUCGAGCUUCGCUGUCGAAUGGUCAGAACCGAAAUCCUACGGCAUCCCGGUAAUUGGUUUUCAAUUGUAUAUCGAAGGAAAAAAAGCAGACAAUAUUGCUGAAGUUCAUCUACGUCGAGCGGAAAUUCCUUCGAAUUCUAAUCGAACAUAUGAUAUAAAUAUAUGUGCUUUAACGAAUAAUCCUCAACGGACACGGUCAAUUAUGUCACAAACAUUAUCAGUUGUCACUACACCGACAGUACGAUUCGUUGAGAGCGAAGAUGGGAUGAUUCCUGUGCGAAUGGAAACAUUAAAUGAAGAAAAAAUUUCGCUUGAUUGGAGAACAUUCUCGCCGAGGAAAGAAAUACGAGCGUACUAUGUUCAUUAUACGUGUUUAAAUAAUAAAAAGGUGAAAACAAUGAAAAUCUUCAAACAUAAUCAACAUACGAUAUUGAAAAAUCUAAAACCUGGAUUCACUUAUACAAUUAUGGUCUUAGCUACAGAUAAAAAUGGUGAAAUAGUUUACACUUCCGACAAGCAUACUAUUCAAAUGAGUGUCCCACCAAAUGCUCCAAUUGUGGCAAUUCGCGAACGUACACGUGAUCAUGUCACAAUUGAAUGGCGACCAUCGCCAACAUCUGGCGAGCUUACUAUCAUCGGGUAUAAACUAUUCAUGAACAAUCGUCUUUUGGCGAUUCUUUCACAUGAUCAGUUAACUUACACAAUCAUCACUGGCUCGGCAUGUGAAGAAUACAUCGUUCAUGUUCAAGCAUUGAGUCAUGAUAAAAAUAUCUCGAGUCCAUUGUCACGAGGUGUAAAAUUCACGUGGCCUGGAAUUAAACCAGGAGUAUUUCAACGGUUAGAUGAUGGACAAACAGGUACUGUCAUAGUUGCUUGGGAACGACCCCAUUUAGAAGAUGAUACUGAUCGAUUAAUUGCAUUUCGACUUCUGUCAGAAAACAUGUCCACGCAUACAACUCAUUUGCAUGGUGAAUACGAUGUGAACACCUAUCAAGCAGUAAUUUAUGGUCUUAUCAAUGGAAAAUACUUGCUGUGGUUAGAAAUUCAAAGUGAACGGUAUUGUAUUCGCACUCGACCGAUUACGAUCACUUCCGGUCGUUUUCGCAAUCGUCAAUCACUGACACCAGCGAAGUGUUUCAUGAGAAAACAAAAACGGUUUCGAACAUCAACAGCAAAUUCCGCUGAUUCAUCAUUUCGACAUAUUCAAUAUUCUUGA